UGUAUUCUCAUCUAUAUUUCUCUGUCUUUUAAGUGAACGCCAUUGUUUCUUGUUAGGGAAGUGCACAUUCUAAGAUAAUUUAUGAUUUUUGUGAUAAAAAUUAUGGACUUUUGGGAUCAAAGUUACCAUUUUUGUAAUCAAAGUUAUGAAUGGUGAAGUUAUGAUGGGCACAUAAAGGUUGUAUAUAACUAGAGUUAUACAUUUUCUGAGAAGUAGAAAACUUAAUAUAUUUUUUUGUGACAAAAGUUAUAUAUUUUGUCAUAAAAAGUUAUAUGUUUUUUUAGCAUAAGGUGCAUACCAUAUGCACCCAAAAAGGAGUGCACGUAGUAGCUUUUCCCUUCUUGUUAUUCAUAAGCUACAUUUCCGGGGUUUGCGAUUCAAAUAUUAUCUCAUUUCUCUGAUUACUCCCUAACUGAAAUAAAUUUUUUCAAAUCAUGUUAAUUCUUGAAAGUGAAUUUUCUUCUUCCCCACUAAGAAAUGUUGUUGCAUCUUAUUUCGAGCGAGCGCAAAGGUGAGCCAAGGGCCCAACUAUGCUGUUGUACGGAGGGAGAGAGUGUGUCCCCUGCUGGAAUGAGGUAUGUAUGAAGGACCAUGGUGGGUGAGGACUCCGUGUGAACCAUGGUGUUCCCAAGCAAGUUGGCUUCAUCGCGCGAGCCAAGUUGUGUUGGGCUCUUCAUACUUUGACUCAUUUGCCUUGGAGCUCUUAUGUCUAGGGCGGCAGCUGCACUUGCGAGUUCUGUACUUGGUUGUGUGUGUGGUCAUGCAAGGGCUUGCACUUGCUUUAUGAAAUAGAAAGAUUAAGGUUUCUCGAAUGAAGGCUGGCUUUUGGGAAUCCAUCAGAUCAGGAUUUUUGAAAAACAAUACCACACAAGUUAUUGAACCAACCUCCACUCUCGAAGAAGGGGAAGGUCCAUUGCCUCAAGAGUUUGUUCUAGUUGAGAAGACUCAUCCAGAUGGAUCGAUUGAACAGAUAAUUUUUUCUUCAGGUGGAGAUGUUGAUGUUUAUGAUCUCCAAGCCUUAUGUGAUAAGGUUGGCUGGCCUCGGAGGCCACUGUCAAAACUAGCUGCAGCUUUGAAAAAUAGCUACAUGGUAGCCGCAUUACAUUCCAUAAGAAAAUCACCUGGAGCAGUGUACUUGGAAAGUUCCUUGGCAGAGUUUGAUGACCAAAAGAAGCUUAUAGGCAUGGCUCGUGCUACGUCAGAUCACGCCUUCAAUGCAACAAUUUGGGAUGUUCUAGUAGAUCCCAACUAUCAGGGCCAAGGUCUUGGGAAGGCCCUUGUUGAAAAGCUUAUAAGGGCUCUCUUGCAAAGGGACAUCGGCAAUAUUACACUCUUUGCAGAUAGUCAAGUUGUGGAAUUUUAUCGGAAUCUAGGUUUUGAACCUGACCCAGAGGGCAUUAAAGGUAUGUUUUGGUACCCAAGGUAUUAGUUGACACUCCAAUGUAAGCAAAGAUUUGUUAAUGAUGACAUUGAAUUGAUUGAUGUUGCAAGAUUAAGGAGAUGUGGGGUGUUGGUAGCUGGGUUUUGUUUUGUCUGUAUAUUUUAAACCUGUUAGCAUGGUUUGGUGUUUUGUAAUUUGUGAAACUUGUGCAUAAUUGUUGGAUGACAUGACAUCUAUUCAGAUGGUGCCCAAGUAUUUUGGCAUCGAUCAAUCUUCAUGAUACUAUGUUGUUAAA